GUUGAGCCAAAUGCCACCAUUGGAGAGAUCAAAUCGAUGUUCCACAAGAGCCAUCCUCAGUGGUACCCAGCCAGACAGUCCAUUCGCCUCGACCCCAAGGGAAAGUCUCUGAAGGAUGAGGAUGUUCUGCAGCAUCUCCCUGUGGGAACCACGGCCACCUUCUACUUCAGAGACCUGGGAGCCCAGAUCAGCUGGGUCACAGUCUUUCUGACUGAGUAUACCGGUCCUCUGGUCAUCUAUUUGAUGUUCUAUUUCAGAGUUCCCUUCAUCUAUGCACCCAAAUAUGACUUUACCACCAGUAAACACUGGGUCGUACAUCUCGCCUGUAUGUGUCACUCCUUCCACUUUGUGAAGAGACUGCUGGAGACGCUGUUUGUCCAUCGCUUCUCU